ACUAAGUUACGAUCAUGGUCCUCCACAAGCACGUCAAAUCCAAGAUUCUUCCAAAGAAUCGACAACAUACUGACGCAUCAAAAGAAAACCAGUCGUUACACUCUCUUGCUUACAGCUCGCGCUAUGCAACCACCGAUGUCCCAAAGACAGAGAUUCCACAAAAGCCUGCUGGAUCAACUACUGCCUAUCAGCUUAUUCACGACGAACUUGAUCUUGAUGGCACACCUGCUAUGAAUUGCGCUAGUUUUGUCCACACCUGGAUGGAACCCGAGGCAGACAAGCUUAUGAUGGAAAACAUAUCAAAGAACAUGUCCGACCAAGACGAGUAUCCUGCUACAAUGCGAAUACAUGGACGCUGUAUAUCUAUGAUCGGAAAUAUGUGGAAUGCCGAAAAUGCAAUUGGUACUGCCACCACAGGCUCUUCUGAAGCCAUCAUGCUUGGUGGGCUAGCUCUCAAGAAAAGAUGGCAAGCCCGUCAAAAGAAAGCCGGGAAGGACACGUAUCAUCCGAAUAUUAUCAUGGGAAAUAAUGCUCAAGUUGCACUGGAGAAAUUUGCACGCUUCUUUGAUGUCGAAGCACGUCUUAUUCCUGUUUCUGAUGAAAGCCAUUAUGCUCUGGAUAUCAAAAAGGCUGUUGAAGCAUGUGAUGAAAACACGAUUGGAAUCUUUGUUAUUCUUGGCUCAACUUACACUGGCCAUUUUGAGGAUGUUAAGGGUCUUUCAGAUCUUUUGGAUGCCUAUCAAGAAAAAACAGGAAUUGAUAUACCAAUCCAUGUGGAUGCUGCUAGUGGUGGAUUUGUGGCACCUUUUGCCUUUCCUAAUCUCGUCUGGGACUUUAAGAUUCCACGAGUAUCAUCUAUUAACACUUCUGGGCACAAGUACGGUUUAUGCUAUGCUGGCAUAGGUUGGAUUCUGUGGAAGUCAGAGGAAUAUUUGCCCAAAGAACUCAUUUUUGAGUUACACUAUCUUGGUGGCACAGAAUAUUCGUACACCAUCAACUUUUCUCGUCCAGCAUGUUUUAUGAUUGGACAAUACUACAACUUUUUGCGUCUUGGAGUCGAAGGCUUUACAAACGUUGCUAAUAACGAUUUGAUAAAUGCACGUGAAUUUGCGAAAGGAUUGGAAGAUUCGGGCUAUUUUGACGUUGUGUCAGAUCUCCAUCGUCCCAAAGGUGUCUUUGGCUGGAAGGAAAAGUCGGGGAUUUCAAAGGCAAAAGAAGUCGUUAGUAAGGCAGGAGUCAUUGAUUACAACCCUCAUUUGCCUGUCGUGUCAUUUAAGCUCACUGACGAGUACAAGAAAAACUGUCCGCAUGUAAAGCAAGGUGCCAUAAGCACAUUGAUCCGUACCAAAGGCUGGAUUGUCCCCAAUUAUCCUCUACCUCCAGAUGCCGACUCGAUUGAGAUCUUACGUGUUGUCGUGCGUGAAUCUUUGUCAAAAGAUAUGUUAACUCUUUUGUUGGAAGAUAUAGUAGAGGCAACCAAGAGAUUGGCCAAUGUUGAAAAUGCAGUCGAGUCCUUCUAUCUCACAUCAAAUAUUCACGUUGGUAUCGGAAAGGAUGCUGAAAUUCCGUCGAAUAACAAUACUUAUUCACGCCCUUGUUAAAUAAAUUUGUACAUAUCGAAAAUUAAUAAUAAAAAGAACAUUACUUGGCUAUAUUUAAUACUUUUAU